UAAUAUUGUUUGAUGCGCGUUAUUUGGAAAUAGAGAUCUCGUGGAGAAAGAAUGACGCAAUACUGAGGAGAGAGAGUGACCUUUUGCCCAGGACUAUACGUGUUUCUGUUAGUGAGCUGGUGUAUCAUGGAAGAAGACGAAGAUCUGGCCCUCCAACUGGAGUUGGGUAAGAAGAAGAAGAAGAAGAAGAAGCCGCUCCUUGACGUGACAACUGGAGAUGUGAAACCAGCCACGGAGCAGCAAGCUCCACCCCCUCCUGCCCCCAGCAGUGUUAGUGAUGCUACCCCACCAACCAAUGCUGAGCCCAUCCAGCAGGAAGACGAGUUGAUUCUGCCGGCCAAGAAGAAGAAGAAGGCUGCAGUUCCCAAGUCAGAGGUGGUGGCCGAAGAGGAUCCGCAGCCAGCUCUCACAGCCCUGGACACUGUCAACUGGGCCGAGUUUGACUUUCCCAAGAAGAAGAAAAAGAAGAGACCCAACAUAACGUUUGAAGGGUUCGAUAUCGUGGUCGUGGUUUUGGAAAUUGACGUGGAGGGGAAAGAUGAUCUUGAUGCUACGGAGGAGGCGGAGCCAGUUGACAACUCUCCCUGGGCUGGCAGCGAUCGGGACUACACCUACGAUGAGUUGCUGGAGAGAGUGUUCAACAUCAUGCGGCAGAAGAACCCAAAGAUGGUGGCUGGGCAGAAGAAGAAGCUGGUCAUGAAGCCGCCACAAGUGGUCCGUGUCGGAGCCAAGAAGACUUCGUUUGUAAACUUCACCGAGAUCUGCAAACAGGUCCAUCGACAGCCAAAGCACUUACUGGCAUUCCUGCUGGCUGAGCUAGGAACUAGUGGCUCGGUGGACGGCAAUCACCAGCUGGUAAUUAAGGGGCGGUUUCAGCAGAAACAGAUAGAGACUGUGCUCAGAAGAUACAUCAAGGAGUACGUUACUUGCCACACGUGUCGUUCGCCACAGACAAUGUUGCAGAAGGAGACGCGGCUGUUUUUCCUGCAGUGUGAAACCAGCGCGUGCCGUACACGCGGCUCACGCAAGCCUUACGUUCUUCAAAAGACGACCCGUUUUCUCGGACGUAAAGAAGACGUGGACUACAUCCAGGCAGCGUGUCUUCGUCACAUGGCCUCGAGAGGGAUCAUCUACGAGUAUGAGGAUGGCGGGCGGUACUGCGGGGAGUGGGAGAACGACGCGGCUCACGGCCAUGGGGCGUGCACAGGCCCGGACGGGAACGGCUUGUUCCAGGGAGUGUGGGAGCGAGGCCACCAGGUCAGCGGCGUCUUUACCUGGCCCAGCGGGCAGAGGUACAUGGGGAAAUGGAGGCAAGGGGUGCGGGAAGGAGCCGGGAAAGAGACGAAGAAAGACGGGACGGAGUACUGCGGGGAGUUUACGCGGGACUCUCGCGGGCCGUUCGGUGUUCUCCGGCAGCCAAACGGAGUCGUGUUCAGAGGGACAUGGAAGGAAGGCGUGCAGCAUGGCCUUGGAACUGAGCUCUACAUAGACGGAGGCAUGUACAGAGGAGAGUACCUAAACGGCAUGCGACACGGACACGGAACUCGCUCCUCCUCAAACUACGAACGCAGCACGACAGUAGAAACGGUCUCAGUCAAUUCAUCGCUGGACGACUCCAUUGAAAAUCUCGCCUCCACUCUCGAAGACCCCUCUUCCGUUGCAUCCACCGUGACAUCAGGAGGCUCUGCCUCAGACCCGACCUCAAAUGCCCAGAUCUAUGAAGGCGAAUGGAAAGACGAUAGGAGACACGGCUACGGAGUUUUGAAAAUUGUCGGUCACCACACGUACUACGGACAGUGGGAAGAGAACAUGAGGAGUGGGUAUGGCGUCAUGAUCUACGGGGAGGAGAAACGGAAGGAGGAGGGACAGUGGCAGAGGGGGAAGCUGGUCCAGAAACUAAAGAGGAGGAAGCUCCAGCUAAAGUCGAAGCAGCUGGAGGCAAAAGUAAACCAGGCACACAUGAACGCUCUGCAGGCAGCCGAGGCCGCCAGGAGCAAAGCUGAUCUCGCCGAAGGUCGAGCUAAUACAGCCAGCGCCAAAUCUCGUCUUGCAGUCCGGGCAGCUCAGCAGGCCUUGAAAGAUGCAGAGACGGCGGAAGCUGUCGAGAAGUUCUACAGAAACGCUCCCAAAGUACAAGGUGAGAGAGCAGUCAUUUCUUUUCAAAAGAGCCUCGUUCGGAAGUGAGUCCAUAUGUUAAGAUACACGUAAUGUGAUUUGACUCCGUGUCUGUGAACACUCUUCCCUCCCUGUUGUUCCCAUCUGUCCCUUCAGAGGGUGUUAAAUCCCCCAUCACUGACUCGUACUCGGCCGGCGAUAUCGGGAAAGAAAGCCAGACCUCAGCCAGUGGGAAUCUUCUGGAGCCACCUCAGCAGAGGAUUCCCCUCACGCCGAGUUUCGAGGACCUUGCUGCAGUAGAUCGAGGUCUCUCCUCCUCUCGUCAGGAGAGCAGCGGCUCAAACGAAAGUCUAGACGAGGCGGGGUCAUCGUCGUCUGCGGGCGGCACUCAGGAGCCGGAGCUAACGAGGAGGGACAACCCCAGCCCCGUACCGUGGCGAAGGAAAAUGCCACGGCAGGCUGCAGAGAAGAGAGAAAAGUUUCAGAGCCGACACUCGAGUGCAGAUAUUCUGCUUCAUACCAGAGAGCAGGCGGUGGAGGGAGGGGACGUGCGGAGUGGGUCGGUGCCGAAUGGACGAGGCGGAGGUGUACAGGAGAAGAGGAAGGUUAUGUUGAAGAUUCACCAGUCGUCCGAAUCGGACCCAGCCUUCUCUGGUCUCCAGGGGAGGGGGGACACUGAGUCAAGUCGCUCCAGAACGGUCUCUAGUCUGGGGACCGUACCGGUUCGGAGCUCGUCGCAGCAGACGCAGGGCAUGAGUGAAGGAGAGCUGAGACCAAGACACGUCAAUAAAGCGACUGGUGAACCAGAUCACGGUGAAGUUACUGAUGAUGAGGAGACGUGCGUCAAGUGUGCACCAACCUCUUCAACACCAGCAGAGCCUCGGUCACCGCCCAAGUCUGUCAGCGUGGAGGUGUUGCAACAGAUGGCUCACUGGAACAAGAUGGUGGCCUACCUGAACCUGGGUCUCCUGUUCUUCCUCCUCCUCCUCAUCGCCACGCUCGUCCUCUGCAUGAACUACUACUGGCUGGUCUACCAGCUGCCAGCCUCCCCUGCCGGCGCUGGGUCCAUGGACUUCGGCAGCCCUCGAUAUGCUUCAGGACCCAUGGCAUGACACACACACACUGUCCACACAAUCUGGUUCACAUUCGCCAUACAGUACAGUCCGCAUCAUAUUUGUGUAUUACACAGUCUGUGUCAAAUUCCACUGGUCAUUAUAUAUAGUGUCAGAUCAAUCAGAUCAAUCUUAUCCUCACAGAAUACAAUGUCGUGAGAGAGAAAAAACAGCUCGUGGAAAAAUAAAUAUCAACAGAAAUUUCAUGCUAAAUAAUAUUAACUGGUGCACGACAUUUCUGAAGGCGCGACUCCUACAAGACUGGGUUUGUUACAAGGCAUCCACGCGACCUUUGAACUGUUCGAGUUCUUGCCGGACCUCGGCAGGGAUGUCUCCGGAGAGCUGCUUCUCGAAAUAGUCCUCCAUGACUGCAGCCUCCUCUCGUAGCUCCUCUUUCGGCAUUUGGAACAGAGACGCCAUAUCGAUGGGACCCAGUCCCUCGGUGUUGAUUGUGCCCUCCUUUGGGAUGAGCCCGAGGGGACUCGAUUGCGCAACGUCCUCGCCAUCGCAGCGACGGAAGAUCCAGUCCAAGACACGGAUGUUGUCGCCGAAUCCCGGCCAGAUGAAUUUCCCGUCGGACUUGCGGAACCAGUUAACGUGGAAGAUCUUGGGCAUCUGGACGCCAGGUGUGUGCUGGAGUCUCAACCAAUGCUGGAGAUAGUGGGAAAAGUUGUAGCCAAAGAAUGGGCGCAUUGCAAAGGGGUCGUGGAGAAGGCCUCCCUUUUUGAAGUCGGAAGCUGCCGAGGUGGCUUCAGAGCGCAUCGAUGCACCGACAAACACUCCGUGGUUCCAGCUGUUUGCCUCGUAGACCAGGGGAAUGGUGCGCGGACGACGACCGCCGAAGAGGAUGGCAUCAAUUGGAACUCCCCGAGGGUCCUCCCAGUCAGGAUCAACAACGGGGCACUGGCUGGUUGGGGUGCAGAACCGCGAAUUCGGGUGGGCAGCCGGUUUCUCCUUCUUUUCAUGGUCGGUCAGUUUCUCCCAGUUCUUGGUUCCGAGCCAUGAGGUAAUGGACACAUCAGCUGGAACCUCCUUCUCCAGCCCCUCCCAGAAGACUCCACCAUCAGACGUCGACGCCACGUUCGUGAAGAUGGUAUUGCGAAAGAUGGUUCCCAUAGCGUUAGGAUUUGAGCCGGUGUUGGUUCCCGGAGCGACGCCAAAGAAACCGUUCUCAGGGUUGAUUGCCAUGAGUCGCCCCUCCUCGUUAAACCUCAUCCAGGCGAUGUCAUCACCAACACACUCGGCCUUCCAGCCGGGGAUGGUAGGUGUGAGCAUGGCCAUGUUGGUCUUGCCGCAGGCACUCGGGAAGGCAGCUGCGAUGUACUUCUUCACUCCUUGAGGGUUGGUAAGGCCCAGGAUCUG